GCGGAGGCUGUGCGCCCGGGGGAGGAGCCUGAGCGGCCCGGCAGCGGGCGCAGCGGCCCAGCCAUGUCGGCCGAGGAGAUGGUGCAGAUCCGCCUGGAAGACCGCUGCUACCCGGUGAGCAAGAGCAAACUGAUCGAACAGAGCGACUACUUCCGUGCUCUCUACCGCUCCGGCAUGCGCGAGGCCGUGCGGCCCGAGGUGGGUCCGGAGGUGCAGCAGCUGCGCGGCCUGAGCGCUCCGGGCCUGCGGCUGGUGCUGGACUUCAUCAACGCGGGCGGCGCGCGCGAGGGCUGGGGCCUGAGCGAGGACGAGCUGGCCGAGGCCAGCGUGCUGGCCGAGAUGGUGGAGGCCGCGUCCUUUCUGCAGGUCACGGCGCUGCUGCGCUUGCUGCUGUCGCAUGUGCGUCUGGGCAACUGCCUGGAGCUGUACCGCCUGGCGCAGGUGUAUGGGCUGCCCGACCUGCAGGACGCCUGCCUGCGCUUCAUGGUGCUGCGCUUCCACCAGGUGCUGUGCCAGCCGCAAUUCCCGCUACUGCUGUCGCCGCCUCAGGCCCCCGGGGACUGCAGCCUGAAGCAGAGGUUGCGGGAGGCCCGCAUGCGCGGGACCCCGGUCCUGGUGGCCCUGGGGGACUUCCUCGGGGGACCCCUGGCUCCGCACCCGUAUCAGGGGGAACCCCCGUCCAUGCUUAGGUAUGAGGAGACCACAGAGCGCUGGUUCCCCCUGGCCAACAACCUGCCCCCCGACCUGGUGAACGUCAGGGGCUACGGCUCAGCCAUCUUGGACAACUACCUCUUCAUCGUGGGUGGUUACAGGAUCACCAGCCAGGAGAUCUCGGCCGCACACUCCUACAAUCCCACCACCAACGAGUGGCUGCAGGUGGCUUCCAUGAACCAGAAGCGAUCUAACUUCAAACUUGUGGCUGUCAAUUCAAAGCUUUACGCCAUCGGCGGGCAGGCUGUUUCUAACGUGGAGUGCUAUAACCCCGAACAAGAUGCGUGGAAUUUUGUGGCUCCCCUGCCGAACCCUCUGGCUGAGUUCUCUGCGUGCGAGUGCAAGGGGAAGAUUUACGUCAUUGGUGGAUAUACUACCCGAGAUCGCAACAUGAACAUCCUGCAGUACUGCCCCUCCGCUGACCUCUGGACACUGUUUGAGACCUGCGACGUCCAUAUCCGCAAGCAGCAGAUGGUGUCCGUGGAGGAGACCAUCUACAUUGUGGGCGGGUGUCUCCACGAACUGGGGUCCAACCGCAGGAGCAGUCAGAGCGAGGACAUGCUCACGGUGCAGUCCUACAACACGGAAACUCGGCAGUGGCUCUACCUGAAGGAGAACACGUCCAAAUCUGGCCUGAACUUGACGUGCGCACUACACAAUGACGGCAUCUACAUUAUGAGCAGGGACGUCACCCUGUCCACCAGCUUGGAGCACCGAGUGUUUCUCAAGUACAACAUCUUUGCCGACAGCUGGGAAGCCUUCAGGCGGUUCCCAGCCUUCGGACACAACUUGUUGAUCUCCUCUCUCUAUUUGCCCAAUAAAGCAGAGACCUGACUGCUUCCACAGGACUUAAAAGAAAAAUCUGGUUCAAGGGGGGAAAAAAAACGAAAGGCAAGCCUUUGAAAUACGGACUCCUGAAGAGACAAAGUGGGCUAACGUAACGUAGGUCACGUGGGUAGGACGGCUCUGCUGUAAAUAAGCUUCCUUGAGCUAGUUACUUGAAAACGUGGGGUAAAGAGACCAACCGUAUUCUUUCUAGAUUGUUUUUUGUACCAUGGGAACAAAUGUCACAAAAAGUAUUCAACCAAACCGAAGCAGUUUUGGGCCAACAACUAAAACCCACCCUUAAAAGUAGACUGCCGGGGUCUGCUUUGAACGGGUCGAGGUCAGUAGCAAACAUCACAGUAGCAAUGGCUUUCUUCUGUGUUUUUCCCGUUGGGAAUGGAACCCAGGGCCUCACGCGAGUCCCGAAAGGAUGACUUUAAAGACACUUGCUUCAGGUCACCUGCGAUCUCGUCAGUAGGGACUUUCCUUUUGGUGAUCAGCGUUUGACAAGCUUUAGGAUCCGCCCACCUCUAGUCUCCUGCUCCCUUGUCACCCAGGCUCUCUGGGCAGACAUUUUACCGUAUAUUUGCUUUCAGAAACCCCGACGGGCAUGUCCAACCUUUUGACAUUUAGAAAUUAUCAUUUGUAAACUUUGUGCACACUUGAGUUACCUU